AUGAAAGAAAAGUCCAAGAAUGCAGCGCGAAGUCGACGGGAGAAAGAGAAUGCCGAGUUUUUCGAACUGGCCAAGCUUUUACCUUUACCACAUGCAAUUACUGAUCAAUUGGAUAAAGCAUCGGUUAUUCGCCUCACGACAAGCUAUCUCAAAAUGCGUGCUAUUGUACCCGAAGGACUCGGCAAUGCCUGGGGUUCACGUUCUCUCACCCAAACAGCAAUCGAACGUGAAGUCAAUUCUCAAUUGACUCAAAUUUUAGAUGGAUUCCUAUUUGUUGUCAGUCCCGAUGGUAAAAUCAUGUACAUAUCCGAAACAGCAUCCACACAUCUUGGUUUAUCGCAAGUCGAAUUAACAGGAAAUUCGAUUUAUGAAUAUAUUCAUCCGAUUGAUCACGAAGAGAUGGCCGCAGUGUUAACAGCGCCAUUGCCAUCAUAUAGUCAAACCAUAUGUGCGAAUGGCGAAUAUGAAAUCGAACGUUCCUUUUUCAUACGUAUGAAAUGUGUACUGGCCAAGCGAAAUGCUGGCUUAACGGCAAGUGGAUUUAAAGUUAUUCACUGCUCUGGAUAUUUAAAAGUCAAACAAUUUAAUCUUGAUACAUUAUCAUGUUAUGGAUCAACGACUAAUAAUGAAAAUUGCUAUCAAAAUGUUGGGCUUAUUGCAUAUGGGUACUCUCUGCCGAGUUGUUCAAUCACGGAGAUACGUCUUUAUUCCAAUAUGUUCAUGUUUCGUGCCGGGCAAGAUUUGAAACUCUUAUUUCUUGAUUCGAGAGUGGCGCAAAUCACCGGAUACGAACCACAAGACCUGGUCGACAGAACCUUAUAUCAUUAUGUACAUACACAAGAUUUAAUGGCAUUAAGAUGGGCUCAUCAAGUUUUACUUACAAAAGGACAAGUAACAACUCGAUACUAUCGUUUUCUUUCGCGAAAUGGUGGUUGGAUAUGGAUACAAAGCUACGCAACACUUGUUCACAAUAGUCGUUCGUCUCGACCAGAAGUGAUCGUUAGUGUAAAUCACGCUUUGAGCGAUGUGGAAGCGAAACAUUUACAUUUGUCUAUCGAUCAAGUAGAGAAAACGCCUUCGGACUAUAUGCGUUCGGUACAAGCUCUAGCGACUUUAGCUGCCAAUUCAGGUGAUAAUGAUAAGUGUUCAUCGACGAAUACAAGUUUGAAUUCUUCAUCUUCAUCUACAACCAAUCGAAUAUGUAUAAAUAAAGUUCUGAAAACUAAUCGUGCAAUGAAACAACGUAAAUCCUCACCAAAACUAUCGACUAAAACGGAGUUGAUUCCUUCACCAACCAUAAUUUCGGAUGAUUAUUCAUCGAUACCGACUAGUACAUCUUAUAAUUCAGACGACAUUUAUUACAAUCCUCAUCAUCAUCCUCAAACGAACUAUUGCAACUAUCCUCUUUAUCCAUCCUUAACUUCACAUACCACACCGUCAACAUUUCCUACAUAUGCAAAUCUAGAUGAUGAUAACAAAUCUUCUUCAUUAUCAAUGUACAAUUCACUUUACUAUGAGCAACAACCAAUCUCAACCAAUGAUUUUCAUUUAUCGAAAAUGGUUCCUUCAAAACAACAACAACAACAACAUCCUUCAACUAUGAUAGAUAAGAAGAAACAAGUUAUCCAAACUCCACUAAUAUCUCAGCAAAACAAACGCAGUUCGACAAGUGAAACAUUAUCACUGUGUGAUGUAAAUAAUAAACGAGUUCGUCUUGAUAAUGACCAUUCUCUUCAAAAUCAUCAUCUAUCUCACAUGGACUACGGAACGAACCUACCGUCCGAUAAAAUGGAUCUUUAUUCGUCAACAAACAAUUGCUAUGUAGCAACAAAUUAUCCAACGGAGCAUCCGUAUCAUCAUACGUCGGUGAUUGUCGACAGCCCACAGUAUUUUCUCAAUGGAUGGAAUGGAACGACCGCCUUCUGA